AUGGCGCUGAGCUUGUACUUGCGUCGGCACUGGCGGCGUGUGCCCAAUGGGUUACGCGGGUUCUGCACGGCUGAUGAGGAUAAGUAUCUGGAGCUUAAACAGCUGAAGGAUAUCAAGAGUGAAGAAUUCUACGACCGACAAGCCCACAAGCGUCGAUACUUUUACUAUAUUGAUUUACAGGGUCGUUUGUUUCUGGAAGACACGCGUCCAAAGAACAUUGCGACGUCGCUCAAGAGCGCCAAGUUCCUGCGGUUUUUCUUCUCUCAGGUGCGGCCGAACGGUCUUGCGCAGUGCAAGUCGAAAGAGGAGGAAGACUUCUUGGAGUAUCCCUUCCGGUCUCCAUGCGGAAAAGAGAUGAACUUCAUCAAGUGCGCUGAUCGUCCGUUCGUGUACGAAGACCUGCGUCGGGAUGAAAGGAGUGGUAAAUGGACGCUCGUAUUUGGCGGUGGUGAGCUCACGAUGCCCUUCCUACCGGAAACGCUGCGGAUCUCCCUCUCGACGGGGAGACUCUAUCACGACGUGCAGACCAAGCACGUUGAUUGCGGGACACCUGAAGGUGUCGCACUUGUGCGCUCUCAACUUGCGGUGGAGCUUGGCAAGCACAUCGACGUCCACGAUUUCCCCGACGUCGACGCAGAGCAAGGCGUUAGAGACCUCGUGAUCGGUGACUUCAAGUGGGGCGGACAGCGCUAUGCCAUUCAUGCGAUCGAAUAA